AGGAUACAUAUUUAUAGUAAACAAUGCAUACUUAUAUAACAGAAAACCAUCUGAGAACUAAAUAUAAAGACCUAUUCUGACGUUUUGAUAACAGAAUGACAAAUUAUUGUGAUAGUGAUAGUAGAUUUUUGGUGCCGUGUGAAAUUCUGUAUUUAAAUACAAUGAAACACUACAGUAUCUGGUAAUCACAAAUAUUACUGUUUUGCGGUAAGAGAAAUAUAGUGGUGAAAACAUAAUGUGGAAGACGAUAAUAUUACUUACGAUAAUUGGCCUGGUGACCGCCGAGAAGGCUACUUUUCACAAUUAUAAAGUCUUCAGAAUUACUCCAAUUACACAGACGCAAGUUGAACUACUGCAUCGAUUAAUGGAGAUUCCAAAUGAAUUUACUUUUUGGAAAGAACCAACGUCUGUAAACACAGAAGCGGAUCUUAUGGUAGCCCCGCAUAAGCUGUCUACAUUUUACGAAAUAAUAUCUCGGAUUAAAGCACCUCACAAAGUUUAUAUUGAGGAUGUUCAGGCAUUAGUCGAUCGAACGACAUCCGCAAAUCAGACGGCGUCAUUCGAUUUUUAUAAUUAUCACUCUCUUUGGGAGAUUUAUAAAAAUCUGGAUGAGCUGGCCAUAAAAUAUCCUAAUAAAGUAAAAGUCAUCGUAGGUGGCAAAACAUCCGAGGGACGUGAGAUCAAAGGCGUCAAAAUUUCCUUUAAUGCAAGCAAUCCCGGAAUCUUCAUCGAGGGGGGUAAUCAUGCUAGGGAAUGGAUCUCCCCAGCGACUGUCAUGUAUAUCUUGCAUGAGUUGUUGACCAGCACGGAUCGGGAUGUUAUUUCAUUGGCUAUAAGUCACGAUUGGUACAUCUUUCCUGUAUUUAAUCCCGAUGGAUACGUGUAUACACAUACUACAAAUCGUAUGUGGAGAAAGACACGUGAGCUGCAUGGAUUAUUCUGCAGAGGUACCGAUCCCAAUAGAAAUUGGGGCUAUAAAUGGAAUCGAAGAGGUUCCAGCAUGUUUCAAUGUUCUGAAACUUAUGCCGGAAAUGCACCGUUCUCCGCUAUAGAAACAAGAACCAUGUCCGAAUACAUUAGAUCCAUUUCUGACAAAUUCUACGCGUACAUCUCAUUCCACAGUUAUUCACAGCUUUUGAUGUUCCCUUAUGGUUACACAACAGCACAUCUUGAAAACUAUGAGGAUUUGUAUGACAUCGCGGCGAAAUCAGUUGCAGCUCUUAAAAAGAGAUACGGAACUGAAUAUCGUUACGGAGAUAUUGCUGAAACAAUUUAUGUGGCUACUGGAAGUACUGCGGAUUAUGUCAAAGGUGUUUGUCGAACACCUAUCGUCUACGUUUACGAGUUACGUGAUCAAGGACGUUAUGGCUUUUUGUUGCCUCCUGAGCAAAUUAUUCCGACUGGAGAAGAAACUCUAAACUCUCUUGUAGCUAUGUUUAAAGAAGCAAAGGCUCAUGGAUAUCCCAAAAGUGAUUAAAAGUGAUUAAAAAUAAUUAAAAUAGAAAAAUUAAAAAGAUAUUAAGACAA